GGAAAAUCGUCUGCACAACCCUGUGCAACAGCUGAUCCACUUGUUGGUUGCUGCUAAAUUCGCAUUAAUAAUUUUAUUUAACGCUAAUAAAUAAUGCUGGACAAAGUUAAAAACGUAAUCGUAGUGCUCUCGGGCAAGGGUGGCGUGGGCAAAUCAACAGUCAGCACGCAGCUUGCAUUAGCAUUGCGCGCAACGGGUCAUAAGGUGGGUUUGCUGGAUAUUGAUUUGUGUGGCCCCAGCGUGCCGUAUUUGCUUGGCCUUGAAGGCAGCGAUAUUUAUCAAUGCGAGGACGGCUGGGUUCCCAUUUAUACGGAUGAGAGCAAAACUCUGGCCGUCAUGUCCAUUGGGUUUCUACUCAAGAAUCGAAACGAUCCGGUCAUUUGGCGUGGACCCAAGAAAACCAUGAUGAUACGACAGUUCCUUACCGAUGUCAAAUGGGAGGACAUGGACUAUUUAAUCAUUGAUACACCGCCUGGCACCUCGGAUGAGCACAUUACUGUUAUGGAGUGCAUGCGCGAGGUGCCCUGCAAUGGUGCAAUUAUUGUGACAACGCCGCAAGGCGUCGCAUUGGAUGAUGUUCGCAAGGAGAUCACAUUUUGCAAAAAGACCGGCAUCAAGCUGCUGGGCAUUGUGGAGAAUAUGAGCGGAUUUGUUUGUCCGCACUGCACUGAGUGCACCAACAUAUUCUCCUCGAAUGGCGGCGCAGAGCUGGCGCGUUUGGCUCAAGUGCCACAUUUGGGCACCUUGCCCAUCGAUCCACGUGUAGGCGUUUUAUCUGGGAGCACUGCAUCGGUUUUAAAUGAGCUGCCCGAUUCAAGCACUGCACAAAUAAUGCGCAAUAUUGUCCAACAUUUGGAUGCGCUGACGGCAGUGCCAACGCCCGCCCAGGUGUAAGUACCCGUCACCCACAUUCCCCGUUUGUAGUCAGACGCAUUUUAUUCAGUUCGUUAUAUUUUAUUCGUUAUCUAUAUAUUGCAAUUAUCCAAACGAGAGAACGCUACUAACAAGACCUUUGGUAUAUCAUUUUUUUUUUUUUUUUUUUUUUUUUUUUGUUGUUUUUCUUUUUUUUGUUGAAGUAUGCAAUUGAAAUCAAAAAUGGGCUUAAAAGGAAUGUGUAAUCAGUGCAGCGCAUUUCCUUUAAUUUCUUUUCUGUUUUUUUCAACAAUUAUUUAGCGCGUUUUUGUGGAUGUGGGUGUUUUCUUACUUCUAAGCUGGCCAAUUUGUGCAGAUCUCGCACUUUAUAGUUAAUAUAAUUUGUCAGGCAACAGUUGAUAAAUAAACAUGUUUAGUCUUCUAUAAAAUAA